GCUAGUUUUUGCAACGGCUAAGGGCCUGUGGGUUUAUUAUAAGGCGGAGCUCGGCGGGAGAGGUGCGGGCGGGAGGCGAGCGGAGUCGCGCGAAGAGGAAUCCAGCGGCAGAGAGCGGACUGUAGCCGGCGGGUCCCGCAGCCCUCGCCGUAGACAGCUGUGCGCGGGGCAGCGCCCGAGGGUGCAGAGCGCAACGACCCGGCGGAGCCGGCCAGGAGCCCCGAGCAGUCCGUGUCGCGCGGCGCCGCCCCGAUCCCCGCAGCCUGCCGCGCUCCCGCCGCCGGUCCGGGCAGCAUGAGGCGCGCGGCGCUCUGGCUCUGGCUGUGCGCGCUGGCGCUGCGCCUGCAGCCGGCUCUCCCGCAAACUGUGGCCAUAAACGUGCCCCCUGAAGAUCAGGACGGCUCUGGGGAUGACUCUGACAACUUCUCUGGCUCUGGUGCAGGUGCUCUGCCAGAUACCACCUUGUCGCAGCAGAGCCCGUCCACGUGGAAGGACGUGGGGCUCCUGACAGCCGUGCCCACGGCUCCAGAGCCCACUGGUGCAGAUAACCCCACGGUCUCCACCUCCGUCCUGCCCACGGGAGAGGCUCCCGAGGAGAGGGAGGCCGUGCUCCUGGCCAAGGUGGAGCCUGGCUUCGCCGACCGGGAGGAGGAGACCACACACCCACCCGGUGAGACCACGCUGCACCCGACCACUCACCGGGCCUCGACUGUGAGAGCCACCACAGCCGCGGGGCCGGCUACCUCCCAUCCGCACAGGGACAUGCAGCCUGAGCACCAUGAGCCCUCGGCGGGACCCAGACGGCUCGACCCUCACACUCCCCAUGUGGAGGACAGAGGUCCUUCUGCCACCGAGAGGGCCGCGGAGGAUGGAGUGUCCACUCAGCUCCCAGUAGGCGAGGGCUCUGGGGAGCAGGACUUCACCUUUGACCUGUCCGGGGAGAACAUGGCCGGGACUGCGGUGGAGCCCGACAAGCGGAAUCAACCCCCAGUGGACCGUGAGGCCUCACAGGGCCUCCUGGACAGGAAGGAAGUGCUGGGAGGGGUCAUCGCUGGAGGCCUCGUGGGGCUCAUCUUGGCCGUGUGCCUGGUGGGUUUCAUGCUCUACCGGAUGAAGAAGAAGGACGAGGGCAGCUACUCCUUGGAGGAGCCCAAACAAGCCAAUGGCGGAGCCUACCAGAAGCCCAGCAAGCAGGAGGAGUUCUACGCCUGACGGGGACCGUGCCCCUCCUCCCCCUGCCACUCGCUAGGCCCCCACUUGCCUCGUCCGUGAAGAACUGCAGGCCCCGCCACCAUGCCCCCCUCCCCGCGCCCUGCCCGCGGACUCCUGGGGCCCGCUGGGGGCUCUCGACUCUGCUUCUCUGACUUCUGCCUGGAGACUUGGGCGCUGGGGCUUUCUCGCACAUGACCUUUCCACCACAGCCAGCACCUGGCAUCUCCUCCUCCUGACUCGGUUUCUCCAACCUGGAGCAGCCCCUCCCCAGGUCCAACUCUGGAGGGAAAGGGGACCCGGCCGCUUUGGCCCUGGAUGGGUCUGCGGCGGGUACAUCUGUAGCACUUGCCAGCGAGACCCCUGAUCUGGGGGCGUUUCCUCCCCCGAGGGGCGAGGGGUGGGGGAGAGGAGUUUGGAGCUCCGGCAGAUUCCCAUUGUUUUGUUAGGGGGGGGUCUCCUUUAGAUACAACUUUGUUUUUGCACAUGUUUCCUCUAGUUUCUCUGUUCAUAGCCCAGUAGACUUUGUUACUCCUGAGGUAAGUUAAGUAAGUUCAUUCAGUUACCCCCGUCUUGCUUCCCCUCAUCUAUGGCAAGGAGACAGCAUCAGGGUUCAGACUUUUCUGUUUUGUUUGUCUUUUUUUUUUUUUUUUUAACUAGGAGAACCAAAUUGGGAAAACAACAUAAUAGGCCUAGUUUGACGGUUAUCUCUGAGUUGUCACUCAUGUGUACAACAGGGUAUGGAAUGUCUGCCCAGUGGCCCUUGGGCUGGGCUGGCUGAUCGUGGGGGCCCAUGGGCAGACGCCGCUGGAGCAGCCGUGCCCUAGGCCGUGGGGCCGCCGCCGUGGCCAGGCUGCUGUGAAGCAGAGGAGCCAGGGGAGAAUGGAAUCCUGGCACCUCUGGCUGGGGACUGAGGAGAGAGGACUGUGGGCCGGGAGAUGGGGCAGUGGGCCCAGAGAGUCUCCCGCAGACUGAGCCCUGCCUUGGGUGCCCCAGAAAAUGUCUCUGGGGGACAUCUGCUUCUGGAAGGUGGUGUGAGGGGCCUGGGCAUACCUGGCACAGAGCUGUUCCACGCAGGACCAGGUUCCCCUUCAAUGUGCUUCUGUGGCCCUGCCCUGGGCUGGAAUCAGGAAUGUUCCAAAGAGUGAUAGUCUUUUGCUUUUGGCAAAACUCUACUUAAUCCAAUGGGUUUUUUCCCUGUACAGUAGAUUUUCCAAAUGUAAUAAACUUUAAUAUAAAGUAGUCACGUGAACUCUUCUACCUUUGCUGCUUCUCUCUGUGUUGGUCGUGUGGACGUGACCAGCCUUUUCUUUAAACACAGAUGGUACUGAGAAACUUGGCCAAAAACUCUGUGCCUUUGUCUUUCCUGUGAGGAGGGGUGGGUUCUGGGACCAGAGUCCCUCUGGUUGCUUUGCUUCUCAUUUUUUUGUCUUUGCUCAAGUUCUUCUGGAGGUCAGUAAGUCCAGCCAAGGUUAUAGAAGGCCUGAUGUAAAUUUCUGUUGCCAAGCUCGAAGCAUGGUCACUUCAACGACUGGAGAAGCUGUGGCGCCUCCAGCCCAGCCUUCGGCGGAGGCCACUGGCUCCACAGCGCCCCGGAGCCAAGGCCUGCCUCUCAGACACCUUGGACGGACCUCCUCUCACACCUUCGCCAGGACCCGAGGCCCCCAGCGCAACCCUCCUGGGAGCCCCUGUGCUUGCCUAUUUAAUUUGACACCGUUCCAGCUGCUCUGUUGGCUGUUCCAGGAGGGGGGCCGUCUGUGACCCAGAGAGGUGUGCCGCCAGGAGAAGGGAACCUGUGCUCAGUACUGGGACUUUCUGUCCGGAGUGUGUGACCGGACACGACUGGGGGGGAGGGGGUGUGGGGAGAAGGGUGGGGAAGGGUCUGUUACUGCUCAUCUCUGCUCAUCCUUGGGAUGAGGCCGAGCCUGUGGCUGGGCCCGUUCGUGUAACUAUAAUAAACAGCACUUGUCAUUUU